CGGUCACCAUUCACGGUACCCGCCCUGCAAGUCAACGACGGGUAAGAAGAAAAAAAAAAAAGACAGCCAUUAAACCGACUGUACGUUCUCGGCGUCUUUCACAAGAAAACACUGGUGAACACACAUAAACACGGAGCAGAGGUGUGAAGAAUUAUUCUUCCCCCCUUCCAGUCUUUAUCGACUCACCUGCUGUCGAGGCGGGUGUGCCUAGUAACGGGACCUCAAGGCUGUCGGUCGGGUGUCAUGUUGCCGAGUGGUUCGCAGACGUGGGUUUCUGAGGUUUUACAGCAGACGACAAUAAUCAAGCACGUGCCGACACCUGCAGAAGCUUUUUCGCUCAGAGCAGACCCCCGCACUAUCUACGUCCGUCGUCUUGGGAAGACACUAUCACACUACUUGUACAUGUCAGCCCACUUGCUGACACACGCUGGAAGACACGUUGCCCUUAUCCAGCCAUGAUCGUGCCUAGCAACCUACACCUUGUCUGCUUCUUGGAACAGCAAAGCUUCUUUCUUUUGUGAUCGGAUCUAGUGAUGAAAAUAAUUUUCCAAACACAAGGGGAGUCUUGAUGCUUGAGGCAGAACGCGUCGUGACCAUGGAAACGGAGUCAGUUGAACUCAGCAACACGGUGAUGGCAGAAACCAGUGAGCUUCAGCAACUUUGGGGAAUAGGAACUCCGUUCUCUGGGGCCGACUUCACGAAACCCCGAGUUCUGUACUCCGUUUUAUCACCCGCUCGCCAUCUGUCGUUCAUCAAGUCCAGUAACUCUCAACCCCAAGGCAUCUUGCCUCAUGUCUUACCAUCUUCCAGCAUCAAGACCAUCGUUGAAGCCCCGUUAUACUUCAGCAAUGUGCCUAACCACCCAAGCGUUCACAGCAACAAUGAUGUGCAGCAAGUCAUUCGUCCAUCCAACAGGCGGGAAGAUCCACACAACAAGGUGAAUGAGGGCCACGAUAACAGCCCAGCCUUUGAAUUUGUACCUGAGGGGGCCAUAGUCAGAGACGAAGAUGUACAUGAUGAAGUGCGCCAGGACGGUGUCGACAAGCAGGGAAAGGGGUCAUUUCCGGGAGAUCUGAUCCUGCCGCCUCUGACCAGCUUCCCCAACUUUCCUUCCAGGUGGCGUAAAAAGUGGCCCCGUUCCCAUGGAAAUACUGUGCGCAGCACCUCGUCUCCCACUUGCGGCUCAAGUCGCAUCACAAAGCGAACUAAGAACUGGCAGAGACGCUUCGCACCAAUCAAGAACAAGAAGCCGAACGAAACAGAAUUCGAAAGUGCAAUCUCUAAGGAGCACGACCUGUGUUUGGACACCAGCCUGCUUUCGUACAAUACAAGUGAUCAACCGCCACACACCUUCCUUCAGAGCACGCCAGUGAGGGAGAGAGGGGCAGCUACCCCUACAUACGAGGACUACCCAGCAGCGUACUGGGAGUUACGUUCUUUGACCAUCCAGCGUCCAAGCGACCUGAAAGAAGACAUGAUUGACAGAGACCGGUACCGCCUGCAACAGAUCUCCGCUCUCCGGUUGCGGGCUUUCCAACAGGAGAGUGUUUCCAGCAAGCUGGACUCAGUUCGCAAGUGGCAGCAGCAGAUUCGAGACGGCAACCCCGGCCCAAGACGGGAAGAGGAGACAAGUGUUCAUGCGUCCGAUUCCCACGCUCAGGUUAAAGUCGAAGGAAGGAGUAUUACCGACAAAAGUCCCGCAGCAUUGGUUGUGACAUCUGUGUCUCUCCCUGCUUCCGGUCAGAAUAAAUUAAAGACUAGCGUCGUUAAUGACACAUCUUCGCUUGCUGCAGUUUCUCUGACUCGCAGACAGGAGACAGAGCGAUUGUCUCCAAGAGAACAGGGGCCGGCAACAGCAGAAGUGGAGAUCGGAGAAACCUCGAAAGAACCAGCCGUGAAAGUUAUGAAGGCAUCAGUCCUCAAUCUGCACAUUGAGACAGCCGGAAGAUCGCCCUCUCACAUGACCCUCGACAAUGUCAGACACAGAGAGUCGACACAUGCAACUGCCGACACGUCCAACCGCCAUCAAGUUCAGCCUGAAAGUCGUCGAGCCGCUAAUAAUCUGCCUUCCAUAGGCGACGAUUUGCUGGCAAAACCUCAAAACGGUCGUCCACAUAUGUUUACCUCUGGGCCAGCUCGCAUGCCUCCUUUGACGGAUUCGGCAGUUGCAGCUUUUGACAUGAAAGCCAGGACAGCUCAGGGUCACACCUUGCCUCCGAGUCAUCCGAGGACCACUGGGACAAAGAUUCUGAGAAAGUUCACCCGGCUGCAGGUUUUUGGGGAGAGGUUUUCGGCCAAUGAGCAGCAAGAGGACGAGGAAGGGCGGAGCCUGCUAGUCACACCUCCGGACAGCAGAAGGCCUUACCUGACUCAGUCCCGCCCUCCGUCGUACCGACUGGAUCUGAAGAACUACCCGCCUCAUCCGCACGGCUCCGUUGGUGAACAUCCGGGUAGUAGCAUGAAACUAGUUCACGUGUCACCACGCCGCUCUGAUCCAGUUACGUUUCAUUUCCAGGGCGGUGAGGUCAUCAUAUCUCGCCAGGGACCUCAACAGGCAUAACGGUGACGUGACUCAGUCUAUGGUGACGUCCUUCUCGCGAAUGGUUUCAGCACGUGGUGACGUCACACACGACGUCAGUACAUGAUGGGGUGGGUACUCUCAUCGUGUGGCGAUGCUUUGGGCUCUAUAGUAGGACCCCACGACAGACAGCAAGCGGGACCGAUUAUAAAGACGGCAUGAAUGUUACUCCUGCACAAUUCCGUGACUACUUCUUUGGGGGAGAGAGAGAGGAGCUGUGCUGGUACAGACGCAUGUAAACCAAGGGAGAUUACUCCGUGUUUGUGUUGUGAGAGCAUGGCGAUUAGCCACUUCAGGGGAGGUAAUAGCAGCGGCUUCGCCAUGUAAUAUCUGGGUACAGUUAGCACAAGUACACUGUGUAAAGCUACUAAUUGCGAUUUUAGUUGUUGGUAGAACAACUUUAUUAGUGCACGGCAACUCCAGUGUCAAAAUAAUACAGAGUGAUUUUAACUUGAGCAUUAUAAAGCUAUUUUAGGUGUUAGGGAAGAAUUUUCAGCCAGAAAUAUUCGCCUAAAGCACUGGUGGGUUGGAAAACGCUUUCUAAUGAUUGGACAAACUUCAGCACAAGAUAUUGUUUUUUCCCCCCAAUCUGAGUGAAUACUGUCCUCGAAAUACACACCUACAAACAUCACCUUUCGCGGGAAGACCGACAAACACCACCAUGCACAGGACAACAACGCAGACGUCAUCAAUACUUGAACGUUAUUGGUCACAAGGCCUCAGUCCUCCCAGCUCUUUGGGAGUAUUAACUAAACACAGUGGAGUGCCACUAUUUUAACUCUUUUGGGUGCAUGGAAUAGUCCUGAAUAGUCUCCGAGCUGGUGUUCUGGGUUGACGUGGGUAUGAAGACUCAAUUGUGCAAAGGGGCAAAGCCGGGUACAUUUGGUAGUCAGUGUGUACAGUACACGGCGUCGUUGGUUACAUCUCUGCCUCUGUUAUCUUACUUUUUGCAUAUGAUGUAUCAUUAAUCUUUGAUAGUGUCAAACUCUUCAGAAUCAACUCAAUGUCUUAAGAAAUGCAUAAAACAAUUUAGGUUUAAUAGUUAACUUAGAUAAGCCUACUCUGAAGGCUUUUAUCUGCUCAUGAGAAAUGGCUGCAGGUCUUAUCUGUUGUUACAAAUAUCUAUCUUCUCAACUGUCUUUCUCCCACACUUUAAAACGAAAUGGUCAGGGAUUAGCUUGAAUGCCUAGGGUGCUUUGGUCCAUCGGCGAUUAUUCCUCAGAUGUCUUUUUUUUAAAAAAUACUUGAUGGGCAAAUACAACCCAUGAUGACUUACGCUCCUGAAGUAUGAGGCAUUAUUGCAAAUUUGAAUCCCAUUGAAACAGUCCAUUUGUUCGAUCUAAAACGAUUUCUACGAGUACCAAUACAAACCCCAAACAGACUAGUUUACGACGAUGA